AGAAUACUGUAUAUGAAUAUGGUUGGAUCCCUACAAUAUAUAGCAGAUUGUACACAACCUAACAUAGUGUUUAUAACAUCUCAACUUGUAAAAUACUUAAAAUGCCCUAGCAUGUUACAUUAUAAUACUAUUGUGUAUUGUAUACAUUACUUAAAGGGAACCAAAGACAAAUGGUUACUACUAGGACAAGGGAACCAUAAUAAUAUUAUUAGUUACACUAAUACAGACAAGAAUAAUAAAGCAAUCUCUGGAUACACAUUCUUCUUAGGAGAAUCACUUAUAUCUUGGUCAAGUAAAGGACAAAAGUUAGUCUCUUUAUCAACAUACAAAGUGGAAUUAAUUGUGCUAUCAAAUGGAAUACAAGAAGCUAUAGUAUUACAAUGCCUAGCAGAGGAGAUACUACAGAUCUCUGAUACACCUACAAACAUUUACUGUAAUAAUCAAGUAGUAAUUAAAUCUAUAGAAGUAGACAAAACAAAAUACUCAACACAAACUAAGCAUAUUGGUUUACAGUACAACUUUGUUAAGUGCUAUGUUGAGGAACAACUUAUUAAUAUUAAGUAUGUUCAAACAGAUGAACAGAGGGUGGACAUCCUAACUAAAUCAUUA